AUGGGCAAGAAGCAGUCAAGAACACUGAAGUACUGGAUUCUGUGGAUCAUGCUGUGGACGGGGUUCUGGGCCAUUCAGGUCUGUGUCUGUCUGUCCCGCGUUUUCAUCGCUGCCCACUUUCCACAUCAGGUCAUCGCAGGGGUCAUAUCUGGCAUGGCUGUGGCUGAGACCUUCCAGCACAUCCAUUCCAUCUACCAUGCCAGCCUCCACAGGUACCUGGGCAUCACCUUCUUCCUCUUCAGCUUCGCCUUGGGCUUCUACCUGCUACUGCGUGUCCUUGGUGUUGAACUGCUCUGGACACUGGAGAAGGCACAGAAGUGGUGCGCCCAUCCUGAGUGGGUCCACAUCGAUACCACGCCCUUCGCCAGCCUUCUUCGCAACCUGGGCAUCCUCUUUGGGCUGGGGCUGGCUCUGAGUUCCCACAUGUACCUGGAGAGCUGCCGUGGGAAGCAAGGCCACCAGCUGUCCUUCCGCCUAGGCUGUGCUGCCGCCUCGCUGCUGGUCCUGCACCUCUUUGAUGCCUUCAGGCUGCCCUCCCACAUGCAGCUGCUCUUCUAUGUCCUUUCCUUCUGCAAGAGCGCAGCUGUGCCGCUGGCCACUGUCGGCCUCAUCCCCUACUGCAUCUCUCAGUUUCUGGCCACGCAGGACAAGAAGGGUGUCUAG